GGGAUUCCACGGAACUGAUCUCGUAUGGGAUGAGUACCUUAGCCGGAGCGGUUCAGAGUGCCGCACUUCCGGAAGUCGGAAAUUCUUGCUAUGGCUGCGUCUCUUCCCUCACGGGCGGAGAACGAUUCCACAACACCGGAGAAUGGCUUUCGGAACCAGAAGCGAGGGAACCGCGGUGUGGAUGAAUCAGAACUCCUCACUGUUCCUGAUGGGUGGAAAGAACCCCCAUUUACAAAGGAUGACAACCCCAGAGGACUUUUAGAAGAGAGCAGUUUUGCAACUUUGUUUCCCAAAUACAGAGAAGCCUACCUGAAGGAAUGUUGGCCUUUGGUUCAAAAAGCUUUGCAUGAACAUCACAUAAAUGCAACGUUGGACCUAAUUGAGGGUAGCAUGACUGUUUGCACAAGUAAGAAGACUUUUGAUCCUUACAUCAUCAUCAGAGCCAGGGACUUAAUAAAGCUUUUAGCAAGAAGUGUCCCAUUUGAACAGGCAAUACGAAUUCUUCAGGAUGACACUGCAUGUGACAUCAUCAAAAUUGGUUCUUUAGUAAGAAACAAAGAGAGAUUUGUAAAAAGAAGACAGCGGCUUAUUGGGCCAAAAGGAUCUACUCUAAAGGCAUUGGAACUGUUAACAAACUGUUACAUCAUGGUUCAGGGAAACACUGUUUCAGCUCUUGGACCAUUUAAUGGUUUAAAAGAAGUUCGAAAAGUAGUCCUAGAUACUAUGAAAAAUAUUCAUCCAAUCUAUAACAUCAAAACAUUGAUGAUUAAACGAGAGCUCUCAAAGGAUGCUGAAUUAAGAUCACAAAAUUGGGAAAGAUUUUUGCCGCAGUUCAAGCACAAAAAUUUGAAUAAACGCAAGGAACCAAAGAAAAAAACUGUUAAGAAGGAGUAUACACCAUUCCCACCUCCUCAGCCAGAAAGUCGGAUUGAUAAAGAAUUGGCUAGUGGUGAAUACUUUUUGAAAGAAAGUCAGAAGAAGCAACAAAGAAUGGAGCAAAUAAAGGCUAAACAAGCUGAAGCGGUCAGUAAGAGACAAGCGGAAAGAAACAAGGCUUUUAUCCCACCCAAAGAAAAACCAGCUGUGAAACCUAAGAAAGUUUCUGCUGAAACAAAGAUUGAUAUAGCUGCUCUCAAAGAAAAAGUGAAGAAGGCAAAGAAAAAGAAACUGGGAGCCCUGACUGCCGAGGAAGUAAAGCUGAAGAUGGAAGCUGAUGAAAAGAAACAGAAGAAGAAAAAGUGAGAAGCAAGAAAAGGACUUGCUAGAACAGGAUUGGUGUAUCUUUCCUUUUGUAAAGGAUUUUUAGGUUUUGACCUUUGUUUCCUCAUCUGAAAAGUGAGGCUGUGCAAUGGGACACACUUGGAUAAUUUAAAUGAAUCUCCUUUCAUGGAACAGGGAGUUCUAUAAUAUAAUACAAACUGUUACUAUCAU